GUCAUAAUAGCGGUGGGAAGAAGGCAGCAGUGCUGAGGACUAGGAGAGCGGUCAAAGUGCACGGAGAGGCCGAGGGCCGUUUACAUCGUCUGUCAAAACAUUAGCGCAGCGGCUGUGGCUGGGAUGUGAAAGGCAGCAUGAGCGUGAAGGCCUUCGAGCUGGUGCCUGCUGUGGAACGGGAACAGUUGGCUGGCGAGAAGCUGCGCAUCGGUGUUGAGUGCAUUGAAUGCUGUGGCCAGCACCUGUACGUGGGCACCAACGAUGGCUUCAUCCAUCACUUCCUGCUGGAGGAGCGCACCACAGCUAAAGGACAGCUGUCCUUCAGCUCGCAGAAGCUCCUACACAAACAACUAGGCCUCAAAAAGCCGCCGUCUGAGCUGAAAGCUGCCUCGGCUCUGGAGCGCCUCAUCGUCUUGUGUGAUGGAGUCAUCUUGCUGGUGGAUAUGGUCACUCUGGAACCGGUGGUAUCCGGAGGGACCAAGCUUAAAAGCGUGACUGUGUUCUGUGUUAACGAGAACCCGGUGACAGCCGAGCCUUUCUGCGUGGAGAUGGUGGUGGCAUCCGCACGGCGCCGUGCUGUACACAUUUGCACUGUGCAUGAGGAUCGUGUCCAGAUCCUGAAGGAAGUGGCCACUCCCGAUCAGCCAUGCGAUCUGAGCGUGGACGGUUACUUCCUGUGCCUGGCCCUUCCCACACGGUAUGUGAUUCUGAACUAUGGCUCAGGGGCCUCGCAGGAUCUAUUCCCCUACGACAGCGAGGAGAGGAAGCCCAUUGUCAAAAGGAUUGGCAGGGAGGAGUUUCUCCUGGCUGCACCAGGUGGCCUCGGGAUGUUUGCUAACGCUGAGGGCAUCUCCCAGCGUGCUCCAGUCAAGUGGUCUGAGAAUGUGAUUGGCGCAGCCGUAUGUUUCCCAUAUGUGGUGGCUCUGGACGAGGGCUUUGUAACAGUUCACAGCAUGCUGGAUCAGCAGCUCAAGCAGACGUUGUCAUUCAGAGGAGGACGCAUCCUGCAGCAUUUUGAAGGGAAAGUGGUGUUGGCUUCCACAAAGGCUGUGUAUGUGCUGGUGCCUCAGCCUCUGGAACAACAGAUCCAGGACCUGUUGGCAGGACAUCGCGUGGAGGAGGCACUGACCCUGACUGAAGGUGCACAGAGAAACAUUCCUAAAGACAAGUUUCAGAUAUUACACAAAAGAAUUCUCCAGCAGGCGGGAUUCAUCCAGUUUGGCCAGCUUCAGUUUUCUGAAGCUAAAGAGCAUUUUAGGAAGGGGCAGCUAGACAUACGUGAGCUGAUCUCACUGUGCCCGUUGCUGCUGCCUGCCUCAUCGUCGUUCACACGGUGCCAUCCACCACUACAUGAGUUCGCUGAUCUGAACCAUCUGGCGCAGGGUGAUCAGGAGAAGGUGCAGCACUGCAAGCGUUUCCUCAUCAGCUACUUGCGUGAGGUGCGUGCUAGUGAAAGUGCCAAUGGCUUCAGGCAGGACGUGGACACCGCACUGCUGAAGCUCUAUGCCGAGGCGGGUCACGAGGGCUUGCUGGAGCUGCUGGCCUCUGACAACUCUUGCCUGCUGGCUGACAGCGCACCCUGGCUGGAGAAACACCACAGGUACUUUGCACUUGGGCUCCUGUAUCACUACCAUGGCCAGGAUGCUGCUGCUCUACAGUUGUGGGUUCGAGUUGUCAAUGGGGACCUCCAAGACUCCACACAUGCUGAUCUGUUUGAGUAUGUUGUGAACUUCCUGAGCUCCUGCAAGAACCCAGAUCUUGUAUGGAAGUAUGCAGACUGGGCCUUACAAAAGGACCAGAAGCUUGGAGUCCGGAUCUUCACUAAGAGACCGGUUUGUAAAGGGCAGACCAGGCAGCUGAAUCCAGACGAAGUGAUCACGUACCUACAGAAGCACAACCAGGCUCUAAUUCUGUACCUGGAACAUGUGGUUCUAGAGAGGCAUUUACAGAAAGAGAAGUACCACACACACCUAGCUGUGCUGUAUGCCGACCGAGUGCUCACUCUGGUCUCUCGAACUUCAACCACAGAGGAGCAGCUCUCUUCAGCCCGACAGAAACUGCAGAGAUUGCUGAGGGAGUCCAACCUGUAUAGAGUCCAGCUGCUACUAGGUAAACUGCAGGACUCUGAGCUGCUGCUAAUGGAGAGAGCGACACUACAUGGCAAGCUGGAGGAGCACGAUAAAGCACUACAUAUCUUGGUGCACCAGCUGAAGAACUCUGCAGCUGCACAGGAAUAUUGCACAUGGGCAUCUGAGGCUCAUGAUCACAAAAACCGCGGGGAAAUUUUCCAUCAGCUGCUACGUGUUUAUUUGGACCCGGAUGUGCCUGGAGGGCCACAGACUGUGGAAGCUGUAGACUUGCUGAACCACCAUGCUGAUGUUUUUAAUGCUCCAAAGGUUUUGGAACUUCUCCCUGAGGCAUGGUCUCUGCCAUUGCUCCGCCCCUUCCUGUGCGGGGCUGUGAGGGCCAGCAUGCACGCUCACCGCACCUCCCAGAUUGCACUGGGGCUUGCGAGAGCGGAGAACCUGCAGCUGCACCAUGACAGGCUGAAGUGUCGAGGAGGUCCAAUCAUUGUGUCGGAAAAAAAGGGAUGCCACCUGUGCCACAACACUUUCAGCGAGCCAGACUGUGUGUGCCUGCCCGGUGGCACACCUGUUCACACACACUGUGCCACCCAGAAACUUAAGGGUUCGCCCACAAAGCGACAAAUAGACCACGCCCACACCAGCAAUCACACAUGAACGUUGCAGGAGGUGAAACGCACUGCAGGGGGCAUCUGCUGAUCCUGGGCCUGGACGACUAAGGGCACCUGGGUGGACACGGGCGUAAGGACAGAAAGAGAGGGAGGACGAGGAACGAGAAUGAGAACGCUGAGAGCACUUGGCUUCAGAGAUGAGUUAAAGCAUGGGUGUGGCUUGGGAGAAAGACAGAAUUUUCAUUCGAGUGAAUGUGUGUGUGUGUGUGAGGGGAAUCUGAGAAAUGUACGGUAUGUUGAUGAAAUGCUAUUUAUUCAUGUUCCUUGCUUCCAAUUUUUGCAUUAGUACCACAGAUCAUGUUUAGCUGGUUGACUGGACUGGGUAACACAAAAGUGGAAUGGUAUGACCUUAAAAAAAAAAAAAAGCAGCCAUUCCAUUGAGUCUGCUAUACUAUAUUGUUAUAACACUAACAAAGUUUUGUUGGCAAUCGAUUCUGUUCGUUAACAACUUGUACUUUCUGAUCUAAUAGCGGAUCACUGUAUCAUUACAUCGUUAUAUCUGACGAUCAAACACUCAGAAGUUGGUUUCCUGUAAGCAAAAACCACAUGGUUGUACUUUAUAGACAAGUAUGUAUUUUGCUUUUAGAUUUUCAUCGACAGAACACCAAAGUUGCUCUUUAUGUCUGUGCCAACAGGGAAACGCUUAUUUAGGAAACAGAUGUCCUUGCAAGAUAUGUGUCCACAUUAAAAAUAGUUAUUCGGAUGAAUGUGAAUCAUAAAUGCUUGCUUAAAGCUAUGUUAUUUACAUGAAGACCUAAGGGUGGUAAAUCAGCACCAGGCAAUUAGGUUGAAAGAAUGAACAGUGUGAAUGCAUCAUGCUCACGUUCUUUGUCCUUCGGCCCACACGAACGUAAAAACCUUCUAUUCACAUGACUUUUUAUUGCCUCCCAUUAGAUUCCUGUCCAAUGCACAGUUCUAGUCUCAAACAGAUUUCUGGCAAGCUUUUUUUUUUUUUUUAAUUUUAAAAAGUGUGCCUGUAUUUGUACCGGUUUAGAACACAUUGCUAAUUUCUGAUAAUGUAUACAUAUUUGGUUACAUGCCUCGUAGAUGUGUGAUAAGCACAAAUCAAGAACCAUAUUUGUAAUUUCUCUUGUUCUGAACCCCAAUCCCUACUCACUAGCUAUCUUUCCCUUAACAUGCUUCCUGAGAGACACGUGAAGCCAGUGCAUGUUUCUGAACGGCUGCUCGUGCCGGAGAACAAGGCAGAUGAACACACUUGUCGGAGAACUGUCCGCCCAUGAACAGUUUUGGCCAAACAAACUGCAGAUACUUCUCAUCUCAUAAGAACAUUUCUCAAGUCUUUUGUUUGAGCUGGGAGUCUUAUAAAUGCGAAGCUGUGACUAAUUUAAUUUAGAUUUUUUUUAAAGGUAUUGAAUAGCAUAAGAUUCAGGUCUCCCAAGAUUAUGACUUGCAGUCUGUAAGUUUUUGAAUAUAUUUUGUGACAUGCAUAUGGCGACUGGGAAUGCAUGGGUGCUUUUGAAAAAGUGUAAAAAGGUGCAGGAGUGACGGAAUGAGGCCCUAAAAUCUCAAGCACAGUAUAACCACUGCCUACAAUGUCAAUACUAAACCAGUGCACGUACAGGAACCAAAGACACAAACCUGCUUAUGGAGAGACAGACACCCACUUAUGGACUGGUUCAGGCUCAGCUUUUAUUGGAUGUAAGUGUUUGCAGAUUUCACUGUACAAAGAAAAAAAGUGUUAUGCAUAGACAACUGGACAUGAACUUGAUGUGUACAGCAAGAAAGAAGAAAAUGGAAUUAACAUCACACCUUUUAAUAUCAAAUUUGUAUGAUUGUUUGACAACGUCUAUAAUUCAGGGCCUGGUUUUCCAAAAGCACUGUAGUAUUAUGAUUUAUCUUAUUAGAAUGGUUUCAAUGAUGAUGAUGACAGCUUUUAUGGAUAAUCCUGGCCCUGAAUUUUGUCAUGCAACACUUAACCUGGUCUUAUAUGUAACAAACUGUUUAAAUUCCUCUCCCUGAUCGAGUACAUCUAACUACAGCAGUCUGACCCUAAAUAAUGCAGAUGGACUCCGUCUGCAUCUUUCUAUCCACUUGAUUAUUUUAUAAAUGCAUAUCUACUCAUGUACAUACUGUAUUUAUAACUGUUUGUCGCUUUGUAAAUUGAUGGGCGUGUAGUGGGAAUGUACAAAUGUAAAGAUGUCCAUUUUAAUAAACAUGACUGCUUAUG